AUGACGGGCAAAGCGGGAGACGCGCUCGCCCACAGCCUGCCCAGCAAACCCAAACCCGACAGCGCGGCCAGUGCGCCUGGGGCCGCGGCUGGGGCCAAGCCCAGCUCCGGGCCCACCCCGCCCAGGUGCACCGGCUUCGGCAUCCAGGAGAUCCUGGGCUUGAACAAGGAGCCGCCCUCUCACCCCCGGGCUGCCCUGGACUCCCUGCCCGCCGGGCACCUGCUGGCGGCCCGCUCUGUGCUCAGCCCCGCCGGGGUAGGUGGCGUGAGCAUGGGGCUCCUGGGGGCGGGCAGCAUCCCCAGCUUCUACACCCAGCCCACCUUCCUGGAGGUGCUGUCCGACCCCCAGAGCGUCCACCUGCAGCCCCUGGCCCGGGCCCCCGGACAGCUGGACACCAGCCAGACGGCCAGUUCAGACUCCGAGGAUGUUUCCUCCAGCGACAGGAAAAUGUCCAAAUCCUCCUUAAACCAGAGCAAGAAGCGGAAGAAGAGACGGCACAGGACAAUCUUCACAUCCUACCAACUGGAGGAGCUGGAAAAGGCCUUCAAUGAGGCCCACUAUCCUGAUGUCUAUGCCAGAGAGAUGCUGGCCAUGAAAACAGAACUGCCCGAAGACAGGAUACAGGUUUGGUUCCAGAAUCGGCGGGCCAAGUGGCGGAAGCGGGAGAAGUGCUGGGGCAGGAGCAGCGUAAUGGCAGAAUAUGGGCUGUAUGGCGCAAUGGUACGUCACUCAAUCCCGCUGCCAGAGUCUAUCCUCAAAUCCGCCAAGGAUGGCAUCAUGGAGUCCUGCGCCCCUUGGCUCCUGGGGAUGCACAAAAAGUCUCUGGAGGCAGCAGCUGAGGUGGGAAGGAAGCCGGAGGUGGAACGCCAGGCCCUGCCCAAGCUCGACAAGAGCAACAAGGAAGAGAGGGGCCCGGAUCCCAAAACCACCAUUUCCCAGGAGGAACUGAGAGAGAACAGCAUUGCUGCCCUCAGGGCCAAAGCUCAGGAGCAUAGCACCAAAGUCCUGGGGACCGUCCCUGGGGACCCCUCCACCCCAGCCAGGAAGCCAGAGAAAGAGGAGGAGGCAGCGGCAGAGGAUGAGAGACAAAUGGAGAAAUCAAACUCAUCACAAGAGGAGGAGAAGCAGAUCUAGAGGGAAAGAGAUGAUGGAAACCAGCUCCCAAAAGACUGUCUCCUCUGGGGGGCUGCAGGCUCCUCUCAGACAGACAGGGCCCCUCCGACAGCCCCUGCACAGGGAGUGAGGCCCCACAUGGUCUCUGUGCAUUUCAGGAAGUCACAGGCUCAGGCCAAGUUCUGACUGUCAGGUGUGUCCAGAGACUUCCCCUCAGGAGCAUUCCUACCCCUCCACUCUCCCUGCCCUUGGGACUAUUCCUGCCACACUGCCCCCUCCUUUCUGAGGGAUCAGGAAUUAUCACCAUCUUCUUCUGAGAGGAGGCUGGGGCUAACUGAGCCUCUGGGUCCCUGUGUAUCAGCCUGAGAACCAGCUUUGGGUCUCUCCUGUCCUGGUCCAACAUACCCAGCCUCAGAGCGAGUCUCUGUCCCACCCGUUCCCAUGUCAGAGUGACUCUCUUCCCCUGGUCCAGUCUCCCCCACCCCAACCCUGAGAGCGAGUUUAUCCUCUGCUGCAUUCCCACCUGCCCAGAGCAGCAUGAACUCCAUCUCCCUCAGAAUGUGC